AGAGGCGGAGGGCAGAGACGGGUGUCGUACAGGAAUCCGCACGCACGCUUUCUGGGCGAGGGCAGCAAUAAAUUUCAGGGUGUCAGUGAGGCGACAUCUGGGCAAGAAGGCUGAGGGGGAGGGAUCAGCUCUGCCCACAGGAGGCAGCUCAAGUACAAAAGAAGUCCCCAGCCCAGCUGCGAGGUUCAAAACCUGUCUGCUGCUGAGAACCGUGCACUCAAAGAAGGAAGUGGGGAGCGGAGAAAUGUCUGAGUUGCAGCAGCUGCUGCAGAACGCCAUCCCCUGCGCGAGGGGAACCCUGAAGGACAACUACAGCAACCUUCUCAAAGUGGCAGAUUACUGCGAGAGCAACUAUGAGGAGGCAAAGGACAAGCGCAAAGCCCUAGAGGAAACCAUGGCUUUUGCAACCCAGUCAUUAGCCAGCGUGGCUUACCAAAUCAGCAACCUGGCUAGCGACAUCCUCAAAACGAUGGACUUGCAGCUGGCUGAAGUCCGGCAGGUGGAAGCCAAAGUCUGCUCCAUCGCACAGGUGGUGGAGAUGCACAUGGAGAAAGUGUCCCGCCGGGAGAUCGGGGCCCUUUCUGUUUGCAAGAGAUUUCCGCACCAACAGAAAAUCAUCUCCCCAAGCCACGUGGAGCCCCUGGAGACGUAUUACAGGAAACCGCUGAACUUCAACAGUUUGGAUAAUAUUGGCCAUGGGAUAAAGGAUCAUGGCACACAGCUGGCCAAAACAGGGACUCUCUGCCGGCGAGGAAAUGUGACAUCAUCAGGGCAGUCAUCUGGGAGCCUUAGGAGAAGUCAACGGAUUCCAGAACCAAUACGGCCACCAGUUGUCCCAGAUGGCAAACCCUCCUCAUCUGGUUACAGCCCCACAGAAGCUAUGGAGAAGACUGGUAUGAUCGCACCUGCUGAACCACCUCCACCUCCACCGCCUACGCUCUCGCCUUUCCCUCCACCGGCAGAGGCAAGUGAUGUUCUUCCCCCUCCUCUUCCAGAAGAUCUAUUGCCACCGCCACCACCUUUUGCAGUCAGCGAUGUCACCCCAGACCUUGAUUUUCCAAUGACCCCUCCACCGCUGGAUGCCUCUACUUUGGAGCAGCUGGUGCCUCCGCUCCUUCCCCCUCCGCCACCCCCGGAAAAAUUGCCAUGGGCCCCCGACACCUAUCUGGAUAAAGUGGUGACUCUCUACCCUUAUACUCAGCAGCAGGAACAAGAACUCUCGUUCGCAGAGGGGAAUGUUAUUUACGUGACACGAAGAUACUCGGAUGGCUGGUGUGAGGGGGUGACUAGUGAUGCAAAGGGAUUGUUCCCAGGGAACUAUGUGGAGCCUUUGCCAUGAAGGAAGCAGAAUGGAUGCUGGAGAUUUUUUUUUUAAAUGCAGAUACUUAAAAUGUGAGAUCUGGUGAACUGCGUACAGAAAACUGACUGUCCUUGGCCUCAUAGAAGGAAACUUGGGUGGAAGUUGGUGUGUUGGCAUAUCCACAGCCCUAUUUCCCUCCCAACCCACUUUGUGCUAGCCAGGCUGAAGUAAUAGCUAGGAGGGGGACAUUUAAGAAUAUCAGAUCAUCUCCAUCACCUCAAUUGAUUGGAACACAGAGACGUAGGGUUAAAUAUCUGCUGUGGUUCCUCUAUCUCCUUCUCCUCUACAAGGUCUGUGCAACAGCUGUGCAUGUCUAAGUGUGUGCAAUCCUAUACACACUUAGGCGGGCGUUUGUCCCGCUGAACGCCAAGGGGCCGAGUUCCGAUUUGGCACGCACAGGAUUGCAACCCGCAACAGCUGUUUCCGAAGCAACGAUUGCCUCAUCGUCAUCAACGCCAUCACUUAACACCGUCUCAGUUUUAGUGCAACACUGCGAUGCAUCCGCUCUGCCUGUCCCGAGUAUCCCAUGUGUGGAUACUCUUAUAUUUCCAUAGCAUCAUCGUUAUACUGCUAUUUUGAUUUUAAAGCCAGUUCUGUGAUAUACGUGCAAAGGAAAAGUUGAGCAUUAGGAGGGGGGGGGAAUUCAGCAUAAAUGAAUGAAAGCUUAGCUCCCUGCGUUGAGAAAAGCAUCUGCAAAGUGCUUUGGAGGAGGCUAGGUACAUUGCGCUGCCAGCUGGUGGCGCUCUUUGGAUUUCAUGGUCUAGACCAGGGGUUGGCAAGGUUUACCUUGCCUGGGCCGGUUCACUCCAGCAGAGAUCCCUCCAUGGGGAGGAUCGCAUGCCCGCCCACGAUUUCCGGUGUCUGUGUCUGCGCAGACGCGAUUUCCGGCACUGCGAAAGCAAGUCCCUGUGCCACACUGUGCCGGUUUAGCGCAGCGGGCAGGGACUCACCGAGCGGGCGGCUCGGCUCGUGGGUGGCUCGUGGGCCGGUUAAAUGACCCCCGUGGGCCGCUUGUGGCCCAUGGGCCUUAGCUUGCUGACCCCUGGUCUGGACUCUAGAGGGAAGGUGGAAGCUACUUGACUAGGCACUUGCAAAAGAAACAUUCUCUGUCAUUAGUGAACAUUGGAUUUCUGUCAUUCCCAGUUGAGAUGUUGGGUGGCUUUUGUGCAGGCAAAUGUGUCAGGGACUGGCUGGAUGAGGACGAAUGGCGGAAUCUGCCCAACCAAGAGCUCUCCAGGGAAGGUGCGGAGGAAGAGGAGUUUGAAUCUGGGCCUGGUGGUGGGACAUGGGACACACCUCUGAGGAGGGGACGAGCUGGGAAGUGCUAGAAAAAAGGUGCUUGAGGGACAGCGAAGAGAUCGGAAAGAGCGAGUUUCCCAGUUUGGAUGUAGGCACCAACAGCGAUGGCAGAGGGGAGGCGGACCUUGCAGUUCUCUAGGGGCCACUCUUCUUUGCUGAAAGCUUUCAACCCCACCCUCACCCUACAAUCCUAGAACGAGACGUUUAUUGCAUGUUGCUGAGCGGCAAAUCAGGCAGACACACAGGGAGUCCAUUGGAGCUCGCUGUGGCAAAAGAUCACAGAGAGAGGGGCCUGACACAGUGGGCUAGGGAGUGAAGGGGAGGGGGCUACAAGCCCAUCCAAACAACUGCUUCAUUAAGACAAGAACCACCUUUAGAAAUCUCUGCGCUUUCUUUGCUUUCCCUUUCUUAAGAAAUUAACUGCACAUUCACCAAGCGUCUCUCUCUCUCUCUCUCUCUGGACUGCAAAUGACCUGCUCUGCCUGUCGGCUCCCUGACAAGUGUCCACGUUGACUGCAGCUCAUGGCUCAUCAGAGCGGUUUGCCCAUCACUCUUGACGCCCAUUAAUGCAGAGACAGAGAACUAAGGCAGUGUUUCCCAACCUUGUGCUUCCAGAUGUUUUGGGACUACAACUCCCAUCAUCCCUAGCUAGCAAGACCAGUGGUCAGGAAUGAUGGUAAUUGUAGUCCGAAAACAUCUGGAGGCACAAGGUUGGGAAACACUGAACUAAGGGCACUGCAGAUGUUGAAACUCCAACUCCCAUCAGCCCCGGGCACCAGAGUCAGUGGGGGCAAGGCAGAAACCGUUUGCCCCCUUUCGCCACCUGAGGCAAAAUGAGAAAGUGCCAUCCUGCUGCGCCUCGGCCUCCCUUACCUGGGUUGUGUGGUGGAGGCAGUGCGGGUACUGACUUUGAGGCUUCCGCUGCCUGAGGCAGCUGCUUCAGCUUGCCUCAUGGGUGGGCCGGGUUCUGAGGCAAGGAUGCUGGGAGAUGCAGUUGAGCAACAUCUGAAGGGUACAAUGUUGUGUAUGUCCUAGGCCAGGCAUCCCCAAACUUCGGCCCUCCAGAUGUUUUGGACUACAAUUCCCACCAUGCCUGACCACUGGUCCUGUUAGCUAGGGAUCAUGGGAGUUGUAAGCCAAAACAUCUGGAGGGCCGCAGCUUGGAGAUGCCUGUCCUAGGCCUUCACAGGAGGAGGGGGAGCUGGUUCUAAGGGUCUAGGCUGUGGAGGGCCUAGCAAAUGUGCUUUUCGCAUGCACUGCGGUUUAAAAGGCUCCGCCGGGGAGCGUUGUGGCCAGGGAUGAAGAUCUGUUGACGUGACGGGACAAAAAUAUGUAUGACUUAACCACCGAUGCCAUUAAAAGGAAGCUGUGGGUCUGAGAAUGAAGAGAGGAACUCAAGGGCUGGAAAUAUAGAAGAGGCUUAAGAUACUGCUUCUGGUUAUGUGCGCAUCAGCGGCCUCAGACACAGCGAGGUUGUUUCCUCCUCUUCCCCAUUUCAAGUCACAUUUGCACAGCAGCUGGGGGUGGGGGUGAUGGUCUUCACUAGCUGCACGUUACCUGUUUGUUCCCCCCAUGCAAACCCCCUACAACUCUCUAUUCAUGAAUAUUGACGUCUGAGCAUGUGCGAUGGCAGUCCCAAAUGUACACACCUCAGCUUGAAAGUGAAGUGGACGCGGUUUAUGUUUUCAAAUGGGAUGCAAACCGGUUUGAGGGGAAAUGACACCAAACAGCAGCAUUUCUCAAGAAACUACAGGGUACAGGUGACUUGUGUGGCUAACAUUGUAAUGUGUGCCGGGCUAAGACAGGUGAUGUUGGGCUCCAGGUCCCAUCCGCUUCAGGCAACGCAGCCAAGGUGGUGGGGACUGUUGGGAGUUGCAGUCCCGGCAAGGAUGGGUGGUGACUGCCCGAGAACGGUUCCAUUUUCUCUGGUCUUCAGUUCUUCUUCUCGGAGAAGGGAGGGAAGACAAAGCACAUUAAGAGGGAGGUACACAGUCGAAAAGAUGGCUUAUAAAACCAUGUGUUGCAAACUAGAGGUUGCUUCACCCCACAGGACAACGGAUACAGUGGUACCUUGGUUCUCAGACUUAAUCCCUUCUGGAAAUCCGUUCAACACCCGAAACGUUUGAAAACCAAGGCAUGGCUUCCAAUUGGCUGCAGGAGCUUCCUGCACUCAAGCGGAAACUGCGUCAGACGUUCGGCUUCUGAAAAACGUUAAAAAACUGGAACACUUACUUCCAGGGUUUCGGCCUUCAGGAGCCAAUUUGUUCAUCAACUAAGCUGUUUGAGAACAAAGGUUCCACUGUGUAGGGAGAUUGGUUUAGGACAGAAAGGGCAACUCCCCAGGAGGGAAGGAUACCCCCCUCUCCCCAAUAUGCUUGUCAGGGUCUCGAGUAGAGAGAUCCAUACAUUCAACAUUGCAGGACAAAAACAAACAAACAGGCCACAGGGAAUUUUGGUCACUUGGAAAUGUAGUCACAGAGCAUGCAGCUAUUGCUGAAGUGUACGCAAGACAAAAUAAAUUGAAAUUGUUUGCUAAUUGAUUGUUUCUUUCUUUUUUUGCACACUUACAAAAAGAGUUUCCAUGGCUUUUAAGUUCCAACAAGCAUUGACAGACCAGUGGAGAAAGGGAGGGAGUUGUUGACAACAAAGCAGGUUUGCAGAGGAAACAGAAUUAGGAGCGGGCGAAGGCAAAGCAAGACGGACUGACAAAUGGGUCUGGUUGUGCAAUCUGUGGUGGAUGAGCAGGCGGCAAGCCUAAGGACAGGAACAUCUUGCUGGUUUCAGGGAAAGCAGCAAGGGAGAGGAAAAUUUAAGGCUGCAAUAGAAAUAUCAUAAAUAGAGAAGGAUCUGGCGGGGGUGCACUCACAGAAGUGUCUCUCAAAGCAAUCUGUUGAUGAUCGUUGCAUGCAAGGGCAGGACACACAAUCCACAUAGGACCAUAUGACCCAUCUAUGAUCUCAUGGACCAUCACUUAUUGUUUAUGUUAAGCACACCCUUGGGAUUUCUGUGGCAGAAGCAUGUAUCUCACUUAGAAAGAUACAGGCCUCGUUCGGAUUAAAAGUUUUACACGGUCUCUUUUUCCAGACUUUGCCCAGUAUCUGUUUCCCCCAUUGCUAAAGUCUUUGUAGCUAUUGAUUGAAUAGAGUUAUUUCUUCCCAGGCAUGGGGUUCUCAAGCAAUUUUUCCACGGGUGGAAGAAGCAGGCUCGGUUCUCACCAAAAAAGUAAGAAUAGUAGCUGUACAUUUUUGCCCCGUAUCUCAGGUUCGACAAAUGCUAGAUACUUGCUCUUUAAAAAAAAAAAAAUUAAGGCUAGAGAAUUGGAGAUUAUGGUUCAUCUGCGGGAGGAACACCCCCCCCCC